CAGCGCGUCGACCCCCCCCCCCCCCUCCCUCUCUCCUGUUUCCAUUUCCAACAGAACACAACCGCGGCGGAUCUCCGACCAAGAAUUCCGCCCUCCUUUCAUCACCUCAGCCGCGGCAGCCCAACACCAACACAGGAGAAGAGACGAUGGCGCCCGCCGGGUGGUGGGCGGGGCGGAUGGGGGCCGCCUUCGGAGCCUCCUUCCUCUGGCUCCUCUGCUUCAUCUACUUCAUCCAGGGUUUCAGGUCUUUUGUCUGGACCGCCGUCUCGUACCAAAUGAAGGACAUGAUGAAGCUAUCACCUUCAACAUCACAGUUUUUGGUCUCUCUUGCAUAUUUCCCUUGGAGCAUAAAACCUGUUUAUGGGAUUUUGUCAGACUGCAUUCCAAUUAAGCAGAGGAAGCGAAUACCCUAUUUGAUCAUUUCUAGUUGCCUUUCUCUAUUUCCGUGGCUUAUCCUUGGGCUAUCAGAAACUCUAAGGAGCUCAAGCAAUUUUCUUACCGCCUUGCUGAUAGUACAGAAUUUGGGAUCUGCCAUGACAGAUGUUGUUAUAGAUGCAAUGGUUGCGGAAGCAGUUCGUUCAGCAGGACCAGAAUUUGCUGGUGAUCUACAAUCAUUAUCGUGGUCUUCGAUGGCUGUAGGGGGGAUUUUUGGGAGCUUAUUGGGAGGAUAUGCAUUAUCCAAUCUCCCAAUACAUGUUAUAUAUGUUGUUUUCUCAGCCCUCCCAUUCUUUCAACUACUUUCCUGCUUUUUUGUUGAGGAUUCUCCAAAAGGAUUCCGGAGCGCAGCUGAUGAACAUAAGUAUGUAGACAAUCAAAGUGUUGUUAGUGCCUUUGCUGAAAAGGGCUUUGGUGAGUCAUUUAGAUACGAGGGCACUAGGAGGCGAAAGGGAACUCGUAAAAAUAAUAAAAGGAGACCAUUGUCGAGAACAACUGAGGCUAACGAGAAAGACAAUAGGUCAAUUAAUUCAUGGCCGUGUUUGUCUCUGAGGUCAGCCUUCUUCAGUUUGUGCACAGCUUUUAAGCAGCCAACCAUUUUGCGACCAAUGACAUGGUUUUUCUUUUCAAAUGUAACAAUUCCAAAUAUCUCAACAGUCAUGUUCUAUUAUCAAACUGAGGUGCUGCAUCUGGAGGCAUCCUUUCUAGGGACUGCACGUGUGAUUGGAUGGUUCAGUCUAAUGCUUGGCACAUAUAUCUACAACCGCUAUUUUAAGCACAAGAAGCUCAGGAAUAUUAUUGUGUUUGCUCAUGUUGGUCUUGCCAUAAUUAGCCUACUGGACAUUAUUUUGGUGUCACGAUUACAUGUUCAGUAUGGAAUUGCCGAUAAGUACAUGGUGCUGUGGGGUUCUGCUUUGGCUGAUGCAAUCAACCAGUUCAAGAUGAUGCCGUUCUUAAUCCUCUCGGGACAGCUUUGCCCACCUGGAAUUGAGGGCACGCUGUUUGCUCUGUUCAUGUCCAUCAACAACCUUGGUUCAACAUUAGGUUCAUUCCUGGGGGCUGCUCUGGCGUCAGCUUUGAACAUCUCAACAGCACAUUUUGACAAUCUUGCACUUGGUUUGGGUGUACAACUGAUUGGUACCCUCUUACCGAUUGGGUUUCUAUUUCUGAUUCCAAAGGAAGUUACAGGACUAACAUCAUAGGUUGAGGGGUGCGGGCUAGAUCCUUUUUUUUCGGAAUGGUCUGUACUCCGAACUCCGAAUUCCUGACUCAUACAUCAAUACUUACAGGAAGCAAAUUAAAGCUAGUUGGAAGGUAGACAGUUUUGUUGAAAGAUGUAUACAACCAUGUACCAAAAAGAGAGGAAGAGUGCAAUAGAUGUUUAAGCAGGCAUUACCAAGCGUUGAGCAAAGGAAAAUUCAUGUUACCUUACUUGUGUAGAGAAUCAAAAUGUACCGGCGAGAACAUGCACACGAGAGAAAGUGGCAUAUAUUACUGACGAAUAAAUCUCAUUCUAUACCACCAUGUCUUCGUUUUAAUUUC